UUUGAGAGCGUCUCCUUCUCCGUCUCUACUUCUGUCCUCAUCUCAUCUCAUCUCAUCCCAUCAAUUACUCUUUGCUUUAAUCUUCAAAUUUAAACGCAUUCUAAACUCCUUCCUUCCAUCCUUCACGCUCGCAUUCUCAAUCUUCCUCUGCACCGACUUCCAUUAUUACUCAAUUAUGACGGCCGAGGUGGGCGUGCAUGAUGAGGUGUCCACCAAGGUUGAGGUUGAUGUUGAGGUUGAGGAGAAGAAGCAGUAUGGAUUGGAUCUCUCAAAUGGAAUCAAUGGCACUGCUCAGGAGGAGGAUGAUCAUGCUGCUGCUGCUGCUGUUGCCGACGGCUCUUACGUUUUUGUUAGCGGCAAGGAUGCGGUUGAAGGCGGCGAUCCGGUUGAGGCGGAUCACGAAGCCAAUGGGAAUGGGACUGGGGAGUUGGAAAUAGUCAAUGGUGACCAAAUUGAUGGUAGUGGUGGUGGGGAUCUUACUGUUCCUAUUCAGGAUCGAAACGGUGAGCCGUUUGUUUCCCAAUCUGAUGAUCACCGCCAUCCUGAUAAUGGAAUUAUGACUCACAAUGGCGAAUCAUCCAUUCCCGAGGAUGUUGUGGUACAGAAAGGAUGUCAUGAGCCUGAAAUUGAAGUUUUGGGUGUUGGGGAUCGAGACCUUCAGGGGCAAGUCAAAUCAGAUUUGGGUUUAGGAUUAGAAGAAAAUAACGAAUCUCAGAUUGGGGUUGAGGGGGCUGUUCAAAUUAACCCAGAUCAGGACAAAGAUUUCGUCGAAUUGACUGCCGACCAUCCUGUGGGUGGUCAUUCUUCUGCUACACAUGAUAAUGCGGACAAGUUGCCUCAUCAUAUCGCCAGGGAAGCAGCUUCUCAAACCGAUAUUGCCAUUGGUUCCAAUGGCUCUUCCCCCGAAACACCAGAAACAUCAUCCUCUUUCAAUGUUCCUGCUGCUCAUAUUGUCCAGGACUCUGCCACUGUUGAAGGUGUCUUGGGGAACCCUGCGUCGGGCUUGGGAGAUAAUUCAGAAUUGGCUGCUGAAAUCCAAUUGGGGGAUGAAAUUGUUGGUCUUUCUGUUCCUGAUCAAAGUGUGGAGGUUUUGCCAGACAGUCAUGCGCAGGACCAAGAUCCAGAGACUAUUGUGGAGGUUGAUGCCAAUCAAACCACAACUGAACAAGAAAAUUUCCCAGCUUUACCUGUUGAUGAGGUGAGAACUGAGGUUGAAGUUGGAAAGUCAGAAUUGAAUCUCAGAGAGAGUGAAGAUCAUGGUCCUGUUGACAGUUUAGAAGUAGCAAAUGAAGUUGCCGAAAACUUUCCGGCUUCUGUCGUUGAUGAGGUGGGAACAGAAGCUGAAGUUGGAAAGUCAGAAUUGAAUGUCAGAGAGACUGCAGAUUCUCAUCCUGUUGACAGUUCUGAAGUUGCUGAAAGUGCCUCUGUUCCUACCAUUAAUCAGUUGAGCACAGUGCCAGAAGUUGAGGAGUCAGUAGAGAAUACCCUUUUUUCACCUGCUGAUGAGGUGGGAAUAGAGCCGGAAGUUGAAAAGUCAGAAGAGAAAGGCAGUGGGAUUGCAGGUUCCCAUUGCAUUGACAAUUCAGAAAUAGAAACUGAAGUUACUGAAAGUUUCCCGGUUUCUGCUGUUGAUGAUGUUCAAACAGCAGCUGAAGUUCUGAAGUCAGGCGAGGAUGGCAAGGGGACUGCAGACUCCCAUCCUUCCGACAAUUCAGAAGUUGCAAUUGAAGUCUCUGAAAAUUUGCCUUCUUCUGCUGUUGAUGAGGUGAGUACAGAAGCUGAAGCUGGCAAAUCAGAAUGGAAAUUUUGUGCAGAUGCAGAUUCCCAUCUUGUUGACAAUUCAGAAGUAAUUGGUGGCGCUGUUGAUAAUGAUGGUGAUACCACACCAAGCUGUCUCGCUAAUGGUGCGACAUCAGAAAGCAAGACUAGUUCUGAUUCAGUUGUGUCUAUGGAGGUAGUAUCUAGUUUGCCAAGUACUGAUGUGGGUACUGAUUCGGAAGUGGAUAUUGCAGUUGAAAAUUUCUCUGCCGAGAGCAGCAGGGACAUGCCUGCCAACGAUAGUGUUGCAACUGAACCUGAAAAAUUGAAUGGCACUGCUGGUGAUAGUGAAGAAAAUUGCGCUCAAGAUGAUGACAAAGUGGCACACAUUGAAAAUGGAGGAAUUCAGCUUUCUAACAUUGAUCAUGAUAAAUUAUGUCAAGAAUCAGAGGCUGUUAAUGUGGUUCACAAGGAUGAAAGUACAACAUGCUCCUCAGAAGGUUCUGCCAUUGACACUUCUGAAGGUCAGAACCCUAUUCCUGAGGGAGGGAAAAGACGAUUCUACUUGGUAAAAGUUCCAAGAUAUGAUGAUGAAAAUUUAAAAGAACAGAUCAGACAGGCUCAGUUAAGAGUUGAUGAGAGAACUGAAGGCCGGGAUGCCGUUCGAGCUGAAAUCAAAAAGAAAAAGGCCACUUGCAAGGAACUUUCUGACAAUUUUGAAGAUGCUCUAUCCCAAGAAAGAGCUGCACGGGAGUUGCUUAAGUCGAAGCGCCAGGAAAUAGAUUCUCUUCAAUCUGCUAUUAGCAUUGAGGAUAUUGAUGGCAGGAUACGGAAUAUGGAACACAGUAUACAACAUGAAACCCUGCCUCUGAAGGAAGAAAAGCAGUUGAUUCGUGAAAUCAAGCAACUGAAGCAAACUCGUGAAAAUCUUUCUUCUAAUAUGGGUAGGCAGGAUGGAGUUCAGCAAACCUCAGAGCAGAAAGACCAAAUUGAAGGGCGCCUGAAGUCACUGAAGAAGGAAGCAGAUCUUCUGAGAGACAAUGUUCUGAAGGCUGAAGCAUUCACUAAAGCUGCUAAGAAAAAAUUGUCGGAGGAAAAUGAGAAGCUAAGCAAGCUGCUCUCUGAGUUCAGAAGUGCAGAUUCCAUUCGUCAGGAAGCAUAUGCUCAGUUGCAAAGUUUAAGGAAACAAUCAUAUGAGAAGAACAAAUACUUCUGGCAAUACAGGGAUGAUGCCAAGGCAGCUUAUGAUUUGGCUUUCAAGAGAGAUAUAGCAGCAUUGGAAAAGCUUUGUGCUAGCCAAGUUGAGAAAAAUAUGGACAUACUGAACAAGAAUGACGAGUGCCGUAAAGAUUAUUUCAGAUGCAAUGUCAGAAGUACUCUUAGGAGACUGAAGACACUGGAUGGCCGCUCAAUUGGUCCUGAUGAAGAGCCACCUGUAAUUCCUCAUGUUGCAAAUGAAAGAGUGGCCAAGGAUAGUACAUUGUCUAUCACAUCUACAGAAGGAGAAACCAGAGAACAAGUUGAGCCUGCAGAAGCUGAAAAGGUAAAAGGUAAACCUGUGAUGAAGACUGCACCGGAAAAGAAUCCUGCAGCUAAACCCAAGAAGUCCUCGAAAUCUGGUUCACCAGCAAACAGCAUGGAAACUGCUUCUGUCAGGGAUGAGAUUCAGGAGCCCACAGAAGAAGAGCAGAAGAAAACAAAGGAGGAAGAGGAAUUGAGCAGGAAGGCAGAAGAAUUGAGGAAGAAAGAAGAAGAAGCUAAAUUGAUGGAGCAACGCCGGUUGGAUGAGAAGGCCAAGGCCAAGGAGGCACUUGAGAGGAAGAAAAGAAAUGCAGAGAAGGCCCAGGCCAGGGCUGUGCUAAGAGCUCAGAAGGAAGCUGAACAAAAAGAGAAGGAAAGAGAAAAGAAGGCAAAGAAGAAGGAAAGAAGAAAGGCAGCAACAUCAGGAGAGGAUAGUGGUGUCACAAAUGAAGUAGAAUCUGAACCAACUUCAGAAACUUCAAUUGAAACUCCAAAUGAACCUGAAACCAGAGAGAAACAAGUGGCAACAACAAAGAAGCCUCAAAAACAGUCACUGUAUACGAAGCAGAGUAAGGCAAAAUCUAUUCCUCCUCCUCCUCUUCGCAACCGGGGUAAGAGAAGGAUGCAGCCAUGGAUGUGGGUGCUUCUCACAGUUUUGGUUGUUUUUGCAUUGUUUUUGGUUGGGAAUGGCAACUUCUCUUUUAAUUUUGGGCUGAAUUGGUUUUAACUUCGAGAAAUACAUAUCUAUAUAUAAUAGUUAUAUUAAGCAGCCGAUCAACAGAGGUUUGGUGGGUAUCCUAUAGGGUAUAGAUAAGCAAUUCUUUUGGAUUGUUAUCAGUUUUUCUUUUCAUUUUUUUCUUAGUUUGCAUUCAAAUAUUAAAUUGGUUGUCGUUCAAAUUUCAUACCUCAUUCAUAGAUUGGUUUUCUGGUAUUGGCUUUAUUAUUUAUUGUUAUAAUGAUACAAAGUUCAAUAAUAAGUUUUGUGAAUU